AUGAGCAAGCCCGCCACGCCGGAGGUGAAGAAGGAUCCAUCGACGGAAGAGAGGCAGAAGUCGUUCAGGAAGCGUGUGGAUCAAAAUGAUCCGCCAACGAAGGACGUGCCCUUGCCGAAGGACGGUUCGGCUUCCAAGGAACUCAAGGAGCCGGUCAGCACCGGGGGGACCCCUCUGAAGAGCGCGAGGGUGAGCUGGGGUAUUCAUGAGGCUAGAAAAUCCAUGAAAUUGUCGGGUUUUUAAGAAAUUUUUGAGAUUUUUCGCGGGUUUUGGAGCAAAAUCAUCAAAAACAGCCCCGAAAAGGCCUGUAAAAUCCCUACUAGCCUCCUGUAGCCCCCUAAAAAUCUAAUUUUCAGGACUUUACAAAACAGCCAUUGAACUUAAAAGCGCUGAUCGCCCAGCAUUUUCAAGGCCCUCCGUCUCGAAUGGACUACAAUAUUGAGGAAAUUUACGAGGUUCUGGACAAGGCCAAGGCCUCGUUUAUGAAACAACCGUCCCUGUUGGAGAUCCGGCCCCCGAUGAACAUUUGUGGUGACAUUCACGGACAAUUCACCGACCUUAUGAACAUUUUCAACGUAAAUUUUUAAUCCUUUACAGUACUCCAAAUGCGAAGCUCAGAUUUUCUUUAAAUUUUGCACAUAUGCUGGGCAUGGGGCACAUAUUAAUUCUUGAAAGUUUUAGUUUGCGAUUUGUCGGCGCAGUAGAGAUAUUGAACAAUCUUUGCGGCCGAGAGAGUACGCGAAACGCGGAGGCGGUUAGAGAAAAAACUUUUUUUGGCCGUAUCUCGGCCAAUUUCGCCGGGAAAAAAUUGAUUUUUUUUGCAAGGAUUACGUUUUACGGUAGAUAUUUAGGCAUAAGACUUGUCAUGACAAAAUUCACAAAAGAAUUCAUUUUUUUUUUAAUUUCGACCUAAAAUAUAAAAAGAUUUUUGGGUCUUUUAUGUUGGAUUUAUUUUUAAUUCAAACUGAGAAAACGUCGUAUUUUAGUCGGUCGGAUUACCAUAUAAAAAGAGCUAUCUGUUCUUGGGCGAUUACGUGGACAGGGGACGUCAUUCAUUGGAGGUGAUCAUGUUGUUGAUGAUGUUUAAGAUCCGAUAUCCGGACAAUACGUUCCUGCUCAGAGGGAACCAUGAACUCAAGAACAUCAACAGGUGGGUUUUUGGCUAUUUCGUGGCUAAAUUUGAGGGGUAAUUGGGGUUUUGUUGUUAAUCAUGUUUAAGGUCAAAGAAGUUGAUGAUGACUAAUUUUAUUCUCAGAUUUGGCUGAAACUUGAAGUAUAUGAAGCUAAUAGCGCUAUAAGGAAUUGAGGAAAAUUUUAGACCAUUAUCUACCAUAAAAAUUGAGUUAUAAUCAGUCAAAGUUCGACCCCUCACUUUUGCCUAGUGUAAUAUAAAAAUGUGAAUUUCAGGGUCUACGGGUUCCGUACUGAGCUGCGUUCUCGCUUCCGCCUUGAAGGCGACACCGUCUACGUCAAGUUCAACGAGGUCUUCUCCCACAUGCCGCUGGCCGCGAUCGUGGGCAAGAAGAUUUUGUGCAUGCAUGGCGGACUUUCGCCGCUGCUGAAGACUCUGGAUGACAUUCGCCGCAUACAGCGUGGAAAGAUUACGUUGGAGAAGGACUCGAUCGAACAGGACUUGCUCUGGGCCGAUCCCGAAUACGGAGUGAAGGGAUUCGAAAGGAACGAACUGAGAGGGAUCUCGUAUUACUUUGGAGCGGAUGUGGUGAAGGAUAUGUGUAGGAGGUUGGACAUUGAUGUGGUCAUUCGAGCUCACCAGGUGAGGAGAGAAGCCUGAACGGGAGAUUUCGUCUCUUCGUUGAGUUGUGGUCGAAAAAAAUUACAUUAUAAUAGAUAUACAGUGGGGGACCUGAUCCAAUAGUAAAAAAUGUACCAUUUUACAUCCGGGAAGUAUUAAAAAAUGUAGCAAAAUACCUCCCUCUCCAACGAUUGAGCCCGAACUCUCUCCCUUUUUGUUAUACGAUGGAAAAUUUUUUCAAAUUGGGAAAAAUUAGGUGAGAUCAAUUUGAAAGAUUGUUUUGUCGUAUAAAAUGUCACGCCUAAUUUUUCGCAGUUUUCAAAAUGAGGGGUGUUCAAAAAAGGGGAGUGUUCAUUCAAGAGGGAGUGUUCAAAGUGGGGAACCUGAACCAGUCGCAAAAAACGUAUCAUUUUACAUCCGGGAAGUAUCAAAAAUGUGGAAAAAUACCUUCCUCCCCAACUAAAAGAACUCCGUUUUGAAGGGCGCCCGCUAUUUUUGAGGGAAAGGUCCCUUCAAAACGCAGUUUUUCCACUGGGAGAGGGAGGCAUUUUGCCAUAUUUUUUGAUACUUCCCGGAAGCGAAAUGGUACGUUUUUUGCCACUGAAUCAUCUCUGUCACUGUACAUCUGUUAUCAUUUAUUUUUACAUUAAUUUAGGUGGUGGAAUACGGAUACGCCUUCUUCGCGAACCGUUCACUUGUUACCGUCUUCUCCGCCGCUCGUUAUCAUCCGGACACCCCCAAUUAUGGCGCUGUUGCUCAGGUCGGAAAGAACUUGGAGUUGAGUUUCAUGCAAUUGAAGCCGAAAGAAGCCAAAGAGCCGUGCACCACCACCGUCCGGAAGAAGCCUAUUCGCACUAUGGAUGACGAAGAGGAGGAUGCUCCAAAACAAGCCAAACCACAGUAA